AUGACAAACUUAGAAAACAUCUGUGGCAAGUUUAACUCCUCAAUAGAGAAUAUGAAACUUAUAGUUUGCAAUGAACUUCAAAGUAUAGAUACAACAAAAGUUUUGAACUCAGAUGCUUUGAAGAGUCUUAUAACAGACAAAGUUGGAGUUGUUGAAAGAAAGUAUAAAGACCAAAGAGUUUGUGAAAAUGUUGCAAACUUCAUUAUGGUUUCAAACAAUGCUGUUCCGAUGAAGUUAGAAAGUUCUGACAGAAGAUAUGUAGUUGUCAGAACGUCAGAAGCUCAUAUGCAAGAUACAGAAUAUUUUGACGACUUAGCAGAAACUUUGACAUCUGACUUUUACAACCACUUGUUCUCAUAUUUUAUGACAUUAGAUAUUUCAAAGUUCAAUCCAAGACAAAUUCCACAUACCGAAGAGAGACAAACAUUGUUAGAAGCAAACAAGAGUGUAUAUGAACUGUUCAUAGAUGAAACUGACUUUGAGUGUUUAGAUGAAAGGUCAUUGUACGAUUCGUAUAAACAAUAUUGUCAAGAAUAUGGUUAUAUGACAGCGUCUAAACGAACAUUCUUGGCAAAUGUCAAAAGUCUUUUAGACGUACAGAAUGGUGUAUAUACAAAGAAAAAUUUUUAUGAGUAA